AUGGCGACGACUCCAGUUUCUGCAACAGAUACUAUUAAAGUGUCCAUAGAGAAAAGUACAAACAAUUUCAAUAUAUUACAAGCGUACGCCGAUUCACAAAAACAGGCGAAUGAUUAUUUCGUUCAAAUAUUGUCCAAUGUCGCUGAAACUAACUUCUACAACUCACAUAUUAUUAAUCAACUUCUUCAGAACCAACACAAUACUCAAGACAAUCAAUACCAAGGCUCCCUCGAAGAAAUCACUAAACUCAAAGAAGACAACGAAGAGCUCAAAUCACGUGUCCAACGUCUUGAAGAAUUCGUUGAGCAGAUGAUGAAAAAGGAACAAGACAAAAACUCUCAGAUACAAAAGAUCAUUGCUUCGCAAAAUGAAAAGCCAGUUGAACCAAUUCAAAAGCAAAGUGUAUCACCUUCUGUCAUACUUCCAGUCGCUCCCCAAUCACGCUCAGAAAGUUACCAAUCAAUUCCACAGAACCCAUUUCUAAUUUAG